GUCCCAACUUUAUUCGCGGGGGUUCGUCUCUGCAAUCAUCUCCUGCUAUCCUUUUCUCCUUCACAUACCCUGAACUUGUAACGAUAUCUCUUGUACACCACACCUCAGACACGACCAACUAACGAUACUUUGUACUUGACUGGGCGUUCGUCUCACAAAGAUGACACAACUGUUCAGGGACAUGCGAACCUAUGGGUUUGUAACGAUUCUAAUACUGUCUGCCACCGUGCUUGGCAUUUCUGCAUACUUUGCCAAUCUAUUCCUACCCAACCUGCAUCGCGACUUUACCAUAUUUUCUCUUGUCAUCCCAUCGUUAACAAUACUGCUCUUCAUAGCAAUAUUAUCAUGGUCCCAACCCAGAGUGGAUGCGUUCAUCCUGUUCAUUCUGGGAGUGCUCUGGUUAGCUAUGGGUGCUUGGUCUGCAGAUAUCAUAGGAAGCACGCAAUGUGAUCAACUGCAAGAUCAGACAGUCCCUACCAAGUCUGGCACACUCAAGGCUCGCUCGUAUUGCUAUGAAAUGAAGGUUGUCGAAGCCUUCUCAUGGAUGAACUUUUGUCUUUUCGCUAUCUUCCUCUUCAUCCUCAUUUCUCUCACCACGAAAUCCAAGGCUCUCGGACGUCCCUUCGCCUGGAGAGAGCCCAUUGUCGAACUCCCCUGGUUCGGACAAUGGCCUGGCUGGCCUGAAGAUACUCGAUACCCUGGUAGCCCCGGUUACGCAUACCCGGCCGGAUACCCAACUGGAGGUAUGACUUAUGGACCCGGAGGAUACGUCGUUCAACAGGCACCUGGGCAUCAAGUCAUGAUCCAGCCCGGCAUGAACGGCGCGCCCCCCACCGUAACGCAAGUUCCGGUGUAGUUGGUUCGAAUUUCAUCCUGUCAUAAGGCCCAGCAUCGGAGCAAAGGAUGAAUCUGUCAAAUGAAGGUUUGGUGAACGUGAUUGCUGCGCGGCCCAUAUAGGUAUCAAUUUGGAAGGAUAUGGAUCUACACUCGAAGACACACAGAUGGAAUGAACGUACUACCCUUAUCACUAACGAAUACCAUGCAUAUCAUGUUUUGGAUACCUGCGAUGCUUGUAGCCCUUGUAUAUAAUAUUGCUGUACAUACUUACGUUUCCUGGAAAUACCAAGUACCUCUGACUACCGGUUUAAAUGUGAUCCGCACGAACUCACGUAC